CAAAAGCUGCAGCGAUGACUGGUUCGGAGAGAACGAAUAUCAGUGCUUCCAUGUCGGGGGCACCAAGUCUAGUGAACAGUUUAAACAGUUAUUCCAGUAGCACGAAAUUAAAUGGUAGCCAAGCGAAUGUUAGGUCAACGCCAAUACCGGAACCAAGUUUUUUAGACAAUUUCUUAGAGAAAGCCAAAUUUUACACAUCAUUGUGCCUAGGAACGUCAGCCAUACUGUCAGUAUUUGCUUUUUUGUUCUUAAUACCAUUCGUUGUGGAUCCAGCCAUAUCGACGAUCGUCGCCGACUACGAUCAAAUACCAGUUACAUGCAUGGUGGUCGACCAUAAAUUCGCAAACGGAAUGCGAAACUGUUCGUGGAGUUCGUGUCGCGAAGGCUGUACGACUGCACCAAUUCGAUGUCACAAGUUGUUGGUGAAUUACACCAAAAUUCCGUGGGAGGAAUGGCUGAAAAAUCCACCGGAUUUGGACCGGUUUGAAUGGGAUGUAUCUGAUACCAGAUUACUUAUCAAUUCAGAAGCCUGCGGUUAUCCACCGACGGUUAACUGUACGGAAUUCGCUAAGAAGUAUGGGUAUUCACACGUUGGUGAACCAUUCCCUUGCUACUACAGUCGUGCCUAUCCUGAAAUGGUGAUUACGCGCUACUCAUGGGAAGAUAAUCUAAAACACCUGAUACUCUCGCUGAUCAUACCAAACGUCAUAUUUGCUAUAAGCAUCGGCGUGUUGAGCUAUUGGUAUUGUCCGUGCUGUGAUAAGGCAUGCCGGAAAACGACUCGUGUCUAUACGGAAAAGUAUCCAAAUAAAGAAGAUCCGAUUUCAGCGUGGAAUUUCUCGGAUUACUAUUUACAUCAACCACAUGAGCGUGUCAUCGAUCAGCGUUGCAUAAGUACAAGUGAGCUGCAUCUACAGUAUCAACAACAACGACGACGACAGCCAAUUUCCUUUCGAUCGAAUCGAUCGAAUCAAUCGAAUCGAUGGCAACGUGCCAGGGCAGCUCAAUAUCAGCUGAAAGAUUGAGAUAGAGAGAGUGCGCGCACCACGCACAACUGUUUCAACAAGUACAAACCAUAUUGAGUUUUUUCCCUCACCGGAAAUGUAAACGAAAACGACAAAGUGAUUUGUGAAGGAGAAUAAUAUACCAUCCCACAGAAAGAUAUUUUCCAAUCAACAACAAUCGACCAUUUUGCAAAAUCUAUCAAAAUCUUUUGAAAGAAUCAAGUUGAAAGAAAGACAUAUGAACGGCUGAGGUUAAUAGACUGACGAUAGCAGGUUUUUCGCAAAAGCGGGAUAAAAAUCAGUUGCACGCAAAAGAGACAUUUCAAAAGGUUGCACGCAAGAGAGAAGUAUGUUGUUGUUGCAAUCAUGGCUUUAAAAUUCAAAAUGCGACCAGAUAAAAUGUUCCGUUUGCUUGUAACCUUUUGAAAUGUCUUUUUUGCGUGCAACUGAUUUUUAUCCCGCUUUUGCGAAAAACCUGCUAUCGUCAGUCUAUUAUUCUCAGCGGUUCAUAUAGAAAAUAGGUUUAAUAAUUUAGCUGUUCUGUAUCAUACACACAAUGUUUCUCUUUUUUCCCUCCAUACAAUUUUUUGGCUUUUGUUCGAAUAAGAGUAGAUGUUUCUUUGCCUCCGCAUGUAAAAAUCAAUUGGUACGUAACCUUUUGCUCUUGAAUACACCACCGUUACCUCUUUACACAGAUAGCAAGUUUUUGUUACGUUUUUUGAGUACGUUUUUUUUUGUUUAAUCCAUUUAAUCCACCUUUUUGGCUCUGUUCAAAAUGUUCUCCGGCCGAAUAGCUGCACCUCAAACCGAAAAUAUUAACACUUUCCUAUUUUGAUCCUUCUAUUGAGCAGUGUUUGGCAAAGAUAUCUUAUCUAUAGGAUAUCUCCAAGAUAUCUUCGAGUAGAUAAUAUCUCAUAUCUUAUCUAGAUAGACCACAUUUAUCUUAUCUUUAUCUAGAUGAUUUUUUUUGUAUUUGCCAAACACUGCUAUUGAGUGAUACUCAAUAUGCUCGCACAACCUCUUUACCAUCCCGAUUGAUCAACUUUAUCAUUUUCAAUAUUGUAUGUGAAUAUUGUUUUAUCCCCAUUUUUUUAGAAAAUUGCUUUGUCGCAGCGAUGACGAAGACGAUGACAUGGAUUAUUAAGCUUUUACUUCGCGUAUACCGUACAAUAGAAUGUGUUUGAAACACAAACACUGUUUUCGAACCAAAGAAAGAAAAAAACAACUUGCAUUGCCUUUUCAAAUUGUCACAAAUGCAUUUUAAUCUUUUUUAUAGCUUUAUUAAAUAUGCAAAUGCAAAGAAAAGAGACAAAUUAAAAAUAACAAACAACUUUAAACAGGAUAUAUGCUCGAGCAAUGGGCUGAAUUAAUGGUUCUACUUAUUUCGUUCUAUUUAGUUAGUCAGUUUUAAAAUAUCAAUUAUCAUAUUUACGAUUUUUCUUUUUUAAUUCCUAAGAAUUUUUUUGAAUCAGCUUAUAUUUCGCAAGAGAGACAAUUCCAUUUGCAAAUGUGCAUUUGGAUACAUUUUGGAUAUAUGAAUAUGUGAUAAAAAAAAGUUUAACAUUUUUUUCCACACAAAAAAUGAAAAUUGAAAUAAACAUUUAUUGAACGUUUAUUCUUCAAGUAGGCAAAUUUUCCUUAUUGGAUUUAAAUCGUAGCAAAAAAAAAUUACUUAAUUUAAGGUGGUUAUACGCAAUUUAUAGAGAAGAAAAACACUCGUUUUGUAAACUGAAAAAUUCCAAAAUCGAUGCCAUCUGUAAAUAAUCAAGAAGAGUUCAAUGAGAUGAUGUAUUUUAAGUUGACACGCUUCAUUUAUGUUGUCGUUCGUCUUUUCUUUUCAUUCUCAUUACACACAAUAACAAAUGAAUAUAUUGAAUAUACAAUGAAUUGAUUGCACACGCAAAACAAAUCUUUUCGAAUCACUUUCGUCGCAAUAAUAACAAACAAAACUACAUCAAGAGCAACAACAAUUAAAUGAAAGACAAAAAAAAAUGCUUCAAAACACUUCAAAUUUAACUGUGACAAUAUUAUUACUAAAUGAUAACCAUCCGAAUGUCCUUAAAAUUUUAUCUUGGAUUGACGAAUUAAAAAAUCACUAGGUAAUUACCACUGAUGUGAGGCAGCGGCAGAAGCACCCAGCAACAAACUAAACGAUAUCAGGAGCACAAUAUUUCGAAAUCGAACACCAUUUUCUCUGUCCCGUCUAGAAUAAAUGAUAUUAUUCAGUCCGCUAAUUCUGAAUUUAUUUAUCAGCUUGGCAUUUGAAAUAAAAAAAAUAUCUCUAUCAUUAUUUCUCUUUCUGUUGACUUUUGAAUAUUGGAAAUUUGUAUUCAGAGUUCAUAAACGAACAAAAAUAAAAAAAAGCCUGAAACGAAA